ACAGACAGAACUUCUCUGCGCCGCGCAAUCAUCCAGCAAUUUGGCCCUCAGAACACCAGUAUGGCUUCUCAAGUAUUAUCCGAUUCUCUUGUGGCAGGGAAUAAUACAUCUGACCUCAUUUCUAUCACUGUUGAGUUCACUGGAGGGUUAGAAUUGCUGUUCUCUAAUGAGCGCACACACAAUGUUUCACUACCUGCACAACUACAUAAUGGAAUCCGGCCGAAUAUCACCUAUUUGCUUCAAUACCUUAUCGAUAACGUCAUGAAGGACCAGAGAAGGGAACUCUUCGUGUUGGAGGGAAAUGUGCGGCCUGGCAUUCUUGUUCUUAUCAAUGAUGCGGAUUGGGAACUUGAGGGCGAGGAGAAGUAUGAACUCCAACAAGGCGAUAACAUAGUAUUCGUUUCUACACUGCAUGGGGGUUAAGCAAUCUUUUGAGAACAAUCCUACAUGCCGAUCUAGCCUAUCUUACGGCAUCGAAAUUACAGAGAUGGAACAGCAAGAUGCCUUGAUUCAGUUGGGUAUUUUAUCUAAAACGAUAUGUUUUGUUCGGCCGUGGAAAGUACAGUUAUACCACAUCUUCUACAUGCUGCUGUGAGAUCCUUUCCGGCUCGCGAGGGGUUCGGAUACCACUUUGCGGUGUGAUUGGCGUCGUUGAUCCGCCCGCUGGACUUCCUAAC